AUGAACGAGUUCACCAUAUCUCUCGUUAGUGGCGGGGCUGCGGGAACAGCCACCGACCUCGCGUUCUUUCCAAUUGACACCAUCAAGACCCGUCUCCAGGCCCAUGGCGGAUUUCUGCACAACGGGGGGUUUCGGGGCCUUUAUCGGGGACUAGCUUCUGCUGUUGUGGCUUCUGCUCCGUCUGCAGCGCUAUUUUUCGUCACCUACGAUACCCUUAAACGCCAGUUGCUCUCCACAAACACGCCGGCUGCCGUGUGCCACAUGAUUAGUGCCUCCUGCGGCGAAAUCGCCGCCUGCUUGGUCAGAGUCCCUGCAGAGGUGAUCAAACAGAGAACUCAGUCGUUGAAAUUCAACACCUCUGCACAGGCACUGCGCCACAUCCUCGGAAACAAAUCCGGGGAAGGUGUUCUGCGCGGUUUGUACAGAGGGUGGAGCACCACGAUCAUGCGCGAGAUCCCGUUCACCAUCAUCCAGUUCCCCUUGUACGAGUACCUGAAAUCUCUGUGGAGUCAGGACACCGUUCUGUCCCCGGCAAAAGGAGCUGUCUGCGGGUCUGUGGCUGGUGGUGUGGCUGCGGCAGCUACCACUCCCUUGGACUUGCUGAAAACAAGACUCAUGCUGAGCGAGGGCAAGGUCGGGGUCUGGAGUCUGGCCAAGUCGAUCGCACAGAACGAGGGCUCGACGCCAGACUCGCCCACGUCCUCGUUCGAAUCGACCUCGCCGACCUGCCGCAAGAUCUCUGUAUCCAUCUCGCCAGCAUCAACGCACUUGCGCACAAAUUCCAGCACCGUGGCCGCAUGGAAGCCGGAGAUCUGGUCAGGCUUGUCUCUGAAGAACCGGGCCACCUCCUCGAGCUUGCACUCGGGCACAAAGUUCGCAGUCAAGGCCACAGAGUCCUCCAGGUUGAUCACCAUGUGCCACCAUCCGGCAGGGACGUGUAUACACUCGCCAGGGAACGUGAUCCCUAUGGUGCAGCGGGGCUCUUCGCGCGCAAUUUUGAGUGUAUCGUUGAAGAACCCAGACAACACCCACUCGGCCAGUCCCAGCGGCGACGUCACCUCGCUCUCGUCCUCGUUCGUGUGCACCCCGGGCGGCGUCACGUGCGGCGGCAGCAUGAUCCACAGCUUGGACCCGUCCAGCACGGUGUUCCACGCAGACGUGUUGUUAGGGUCCUUGUGGAACGUGGAGCCCGACCGGUGCGGGCCCAUGAUCAGCCACGUGUGGUCCGGGCGGCACGAGAGACCGUGGCGUGUGAAUACGUCAAACAUGUCGUCGGAAAACACGGCAGGUCUGGCAAACUCGUUUUUCAGCUGCUGCAUGGCUUCCGAGUUGCAAUCAAACAGAUAA